AUGGGAGGAAGGGCUCAGCCUGAUCGGAAACAAUUACCGUUGGUCCUACUGAGAUUGCUUUGCCUUCUCCCUACAGGGCUGCCAGUCCGCAGCUUGGAUUUUACCCGAGGCACCGAUAACAUCACCGUGAGGCAGGGGGAUACGGCCAUCCUCAGAUGUUAUGUAGAAGACCGAAGCUCCAAAGUGGCCUGGUUAAACCGUUCUGGCAUCAUUUUUGCUGGACAGGACAAGUGGUCCCUGGACCCUCGGGUAGAACUGGAAAAACGAACCCCUCUGGAAUACAGCCUCCGGAUCCAGAAAGUGGACGUCUAUGAUGAAGGGUCCUAUACAUGCUCAGUACAGACACAGCAUCACCCCAGGACUUCCCAGGUUUAUUUGAUUGUGCAAGUUCCACCAAAGAUCUCCAAUAUCUCCUCGGAUGUCACUGUGAAUGAGGGCAGCAACGUGACCCUGGUGUGCAUGGCAAAUGGACGCCCCGAGCCUGUCAUCACCUGGAGACACCUCACCCCGACAGGCAGAGAAUUUGAAGGCGAGGAAGAGUACCUGGAGAUCCUAGGGAUCACACGGGAGCAAUCUGGCAAGUACGAGUGCAAAGCCGCCAAUGAGGUUUCCUCGGCAGAUGUCAAGCAAGUCCGGGUCACUGUGAACUACCCUCCCACUAUCACUGAAUCGAAGAGCAAUGAAGCUGCCACGGGACGGCAAGCCUUACUCAAGUGUGAGGCAUCGGCAGUGCCCACGCCUGAUUUUGAGUGGUACAGAGAUGACACCAGGAUAAACAGUGCCAAUGGCCUGGAGAUCAAGAGCAUGGGGAGCCAGUCCCUCCUGAUGGUGGCCAAUGUCACUGAAGAACACUAUGGCAACUACACCUGUGUGGCUGCCAACAAGCUGGGAGUCACAAAUGCCAGCCUAUACCUUUACAAGCGAGUUUUACCCACACUCCCCAACCCUUUUCCAGGACCUGGCACAGGGAGAGUAGACAACGGUUCAAUGAGUUUGGCCGUACCACUGUGGCUGCUGGCAGUGUCCCUGCUCUGCCUACUUAGCAAAUGUUAA